AUGCAGUCAGACAGGCAGGCAGGCAGGCAGAUAGACAGGCAGGCAAGAAUGCAGCAGGUGGCAGGCAGGCAGCAGGCAGCAAGCAGGCAGGCAGUCAGGCAGACAAGAAGGCAGCAGGCUGGCAGCAGGCAGGCAGCAGGCAGGCAGGCAAGCAGGCAGCAGGCAGCAGGAAGCAGGCAGCAGGCAGGCAGCAGGCAGCAGGCAAGCAGGCAAGAAGGCAGGCAGGCAGGCAGCAGGCAGGCAGGCAGGCAGGCAAGCAGGCAGCAGUCAGCAGGCAGCAGGCAGGCAGGCUGGCAGACAGCAGGCAGGCAGCAGGCAGGCAGCAGGCAGGCAGCAGGCAGGCAGGCUGGCAGGCAGGCAGGCAGGCAGGCAGGCAAGCAGGCAGGCAAGCAGCAGGUAGGCAGCAGGCAGGCAGCAGGCAGGCAGGCCAGCAGGCAGCAGGCAGCAGGCAGCAGGCAGGCAGGCAGUCAGGCAGACAAGAAGGCAGCAGGCUGGCAGCAGGCAGGCAGCAGGCAGGCAGGCAAGCAGGCAGCAGGCAGCAGGAAGCAGGCAGCAGGCAAGCAGGCAGGCAAGCAGCAGGUAGGCAGCAGGCAGGCAGGCCAGAAGGCAGUAGACAGCAGGCAGGCAGCAGGCAGGCAAGCAGGCAGCAGGCAGCAGGCAAGAAGGCAGCAGACAAGCAGGCAAGCAGGCAGCAGACAAGCAGACAGCAGGCAAGCAAGCGGCAGGCAGCAGGCUGCAGGCAGGCAAGCAGCAGGCAGGCAGGCAGGCAGGCAGGCAGGCAGCAGGCAGGCAGGCCAGAAGGCAGUAGGCAGGCAGGCAGGCAGGCAGGCAGCAGGCAAGCAGACAGCAGGCAAGCAAGCGGCAGGCAGCAGGCUGCAGGCAGCAGGCAGUAGGCAGGCAGCAGGCAGCAGGCUUUAG